AUGCAAUUACUUUUUUGUGGUAUGUGAUAUUGUGGAUGAGGAUGGUUUUGGAAGAACGAAGCAUGGGUUUUUGUAGGGAAAAGGGUGAAGAAAAUGACAAUGGUAAGGUGAUGUGGGUGAACCACUCCUCCUACUCGUUCCAACGCGACCUGUUUGGUAUUUGGUGGCGGCAUUAUAUUUUGUUAGGUAUUCAAACUUUUGGAUUUUUAUGCGUUAGUGCAAAUUUCUAAAGACAGUUCGGUUAAACAGAUGACCGACUAAAGCAUCUGAGGCUACCCUCUAUAAUGUCUUUAUGUUUACAAAGCUGUAGACUUUGAAAACACUACCAAUCAAGAAAGCACCAUGUGCACGCACUUUUUAUCCAGUUUUCUCACACUUUUUUCUUGCUUAUUAUUUCCUUUAACCACAAAAGUUCAUAUAAAAUGUACAUACAAUUACCGACCUCUUGUUUAUGUUUUCACCAAAAUGUGUCAUUAGUGUUUGAUAUAUGGUUAAUCAAUUGGGUCUGGUAUGUUGCACAAAAGUUGAGGCCUUUUUCUUAUGUAAGCAAUAAUAAUAUAUUGAAAAUCGUCUAAAUGACAAUUUCAUUUAAUUCGUCAAUCAUCUAUUUAUACUAUUAUAUUAUUAUAGUAUGUUUUUAAAGUAGUUACACUAUAUUAUGUACACUUAAACGAAUUGAGUAAGUUUAAUGGAAGUUGGAUAAGUUAUUUUUUUUAACCGACAGGAGAAAGUAUGUUAUAAAAAAGCAUAGAAAUGGCAGGAAGUAGAGAUGAACUACUAAGAUUCGGUUAUCCAAGGUUAUCCAACUAAACAGCUCACCUAAUAAAUAAACAAUGAUUUGAUUUGACCUUUUACAUGUCAUUGUAGAGAUUCUAAAUUUACAACAUACCAAUGCUACCUAAUCCAACUCUACACAUUUUUCAUUUAUUGGUGAUGGCAGUUGAGCUUUUAAACCAGCUACAACAAAACCUCUAUUUAUUUCCCCUCUCUCCAUGAACUUGCUUAUCCUGCACUUUCCCAUUAACGGAACUGUAAUUUUGAACAGAACAAACCCCAAAACACCAAAAGAAUGGAGCGUUUUGUGUACCUAACUGUAGUAUUAGCCAUGGUGAUGAUAGCUGCACCAGCCAAAGCUCAGGUGACCACGCCAUGCAGCGGAUCAAUGAUAAACAGUGUGUUUAACCCUUGUAUGAAUUUCCUCACAAAUAGCAGUGCCAAUGGCACUUCACCUACAUCUGAGUGCUGCAAUUCCAUCAAGUCCCUCACAAGUACUGGCAUGGACUGUUUGUGUCUCAUUGUCACCGGCAAUGUCCCCUUUACAAUACCAAUCAACCGAACCUUGGCCAUCUCUCUUCCUCGUGCUUGCAACAUGCCUCGUCUUCCACUUCAGUGCAAAACCUCAGCUUCACCACUUCCAGCUCCAGGACCAGCUGCUUUUGGGCCAUCUCUUUCCCCAUCUCUUAGUCCUCAAGCUUCCGCCAUACUUCCCCCACCUUCCUUGGCACCAGUAUCUGACACAAACCCUCCUUUGACUCCAUCUUCUACAACAACUGGAAGUGGACGUUCUGAUCUCACUCCAUCAUCUGCUGUUUCAUCUAACCGCUUCCUACCUUCAGUUAUAUUAAUUGCAUUAGGAUUUGCUGUUCUUUAAGCACUACUAGGUUGUUGCUUUCGAUUUUUAUCAGAUUGUUUCAGACCCACCCACAUUGGGGGAGUAUUUACCAAAUGAAAAGCAUUUCAUGUUUGUGUUGUAAUGUAUAUGAAUGCAUGGAUAACAAAUUACAUUACUGUUACUUCA